GCAAAACCCUCUCAUGAACCCUUUGUUCGCCGAAACGUUCCCCUUUCAAAUUCCUCCCUUUCUCCCCCUCCUCUUGGAUCGCAAGCCCCUCCGUCGCCACGCGGACUGGGCUCGAACACGCUUCCUACUUGAUUUAGGGUAGUUGAUGCCAGUGAAUGUAAUUUUUUAAUGUAUUCUUUGGGGAGGCUCUAGAUGCUCGAUACCCCGGCCACAAGUGUCUCUUAGUUGUCUGACUAUAUGCACACAGUCAAGCAAGUUAAAUCUGGUUGCUUAUAAAUUAUAAGUCUGAGCAGUUGGAAGAAGAUGAGGUCUAUUGCUGUUUUAAGAGGUAUCCGUGGUAUAGCAUCAUCUGCAAAGAGCUCUGUUUUAGCACCUCAAUGUCGAUAUUUCAAUGGUGAGUCUGUUGCCACUGACCCUCAGUCAAAGCCUAAGAGAUACAAGUACCCAGAUGUCUAUGAUCCUUAUGGACCGAGACCUCCGCCAUCUGAUAAAAUUGUGCAGCUAGCCGAUCGUAUUGCUGCACUCCCUCCUGAAGAGAUUAAACAGAUUGGGCCCACACUCCAAUAUAAAUUGAAGCAUCCAAAGUUGCAGCAAAUAUCUUCAGGAGGUUUCAGUUUAGGUUCUCAAAGUGGAGAUGCUGCUGCUGCGAAGCCAGAGGAGAAGAAAGCAGAGAAGACGGCAUUUGAUGUCAAACUAGAGAAGUUUGAUGCUGCUGCAAAAAUCAAGGUGAUCAAGGAGGUCAGAACAUUCACCAAUCUCGGGUUGAAAGAGGCUAAGGAUUUAGUGGAGAAGGUUCCAGUUUUGUUGAAGCAAGGGGUCACCAAGGAGGAGGCCAAUGAUAUCAUAGAGAAGAUAAAAGCAGUUGGCGGUGUUGCUGUGAUGGAGUAAAAAGGUUAGGUUGGACCUUAUUUUUUGCCAUCUCUGCUUCCUUUUUGUUGAUUUUUCCAGGUUUUUGGAUGAAACUUAUAAUUACAUUUCGUGUCAUCUUAAUUGACUCUUCAUAUUGUUGUUAUGUCUUUGAUCAACUACUUGUUUUUGUACUGUGAGAAAUCCAUUGCAUCGCAGUUUUACUGCUAACCAAUGUGAAAUGGCUUAUGAACCUUAUAGGAGAAAUAAUAAUAAGCAAACUUUACUUGUCCCAUCA